AUGAGCCAGCAACAAGAUAUAGGUUUACUGAAUUGGUUUGGCUUUGGUUUUAACGGGUUUGGACAGAUAUGCUCACGCUCGGAGUUUAAGACUGACAGCGAAAGCAUCAAAGUAACCUCUCCGCUACUUUUGAAACUGUGCUACGGGGCGGUGAACCAGAAAGGGGAGAGUAAUCUAACGUCUGCAGAAAGAAGCGUUAACAUUGGGGCUAGCUGGAGUCGGCGAGCUACCAUUCAUUUAAACGGUGACAGCUACGUCUGUCUCUCCGGUUUUGGCUCUAACUCUGCAGACGGUGACAGAUGUGAUCACGUUCUCGAGAGCCGAGGGUGCACAGAUGCCCUUAUUAAUGAAAGUUGCCUGACCCUUAGUUUCGUAGACAAAAUUGAAGGCUGGUGUCAUCAGCAGCACAAGAAGGCACUUGUUUGGAAGAUGGAUCUGCACACCCCAGAUACCACUGGUAUUGUUCACUCUUUAAGACUGCCUUUGGUGCCGGGGGGCUACAUUGCCUCAAAGCCCCCAUUUUUCCGUCCUCUCCCUCCGGACCUGCAAGCUGUACACUUAGCCCUGGGAACAGAACACGUCAUUCUCCUAAGUGCCUGUGGAACCGUUUACACGUGGGGUUCUGGCAGCCACGGGCAGCUGGGUCACGGCAGUCUAGUGGAUGGGAAAGAACCGCGAGCUGUAGAGGCACUGUGGGGUGUUCCUAUGAGUACAGUGGCUGCAGGUGGCUGGCACUCUGCCUGCAUCAGUGCAGGAGGUGACCUGUACAUUUGGGGCUGGAAUGAAAGUGGCCAACUAGGCCUUCCAUCAAAAGGCCUUAAAGAAGAGCGUCUGAACGUCAAAAGAACAGAACAGACGAGACAGGAUGAAGGAGAGAGCAGUAAGGACGUAUUAAUCUCAGUCCAAGCUUUCCCAGCCUUGAUCGAUAUUGCACGGGAAACAGAAAUCACCAAAGUCAGCUGUGGAUCUCGCCACACAGCUGCCAUCUCAAGUACAGGCAAUCUCUACACCUGGGGAUGGGGAAACUAUGGCCAGCUAGGCCAUGGUUCAGAGUGCAGUUCAGAUGAACCUAUGCUUGUGGCCUACUUUUCAAGCCAUGGAUUGUGGGUGCAAGAUGUAGUCUGUGGGUUAUGGAACACAUUUGUGCGUGCUGUACAGAGAAAAAAUUCUCCUUCUUAAUGCAAAUGUUACUCUGCUUUAAGAAUGAGCAGACAUAUAAUUAAUAGUUUAUUUAAUAUGCAAACAAGUUUUGUAAAAUACAG